GCUCAAAUACAUUCAAAAGGAAAGAGUUUGAUUUCAAGAAUCUUUGUUCCUCUUUUGUUUAAAUCUUCAGCAGACAUCACCAUGGAGUUUCCUAACCAAGAACCAGAAAGCUCUUCUCAUAAGAAAAUGGGAAGAGGCAAAAUUGAGAUUAAGCGGAUCGAGAACACCACUAACAGACAAGUUACCUUCUGUAAGCGUCGCAAUGGAUUGCUCAAGAAAGCCUAUGAAUUGUCUGUGUUGUGUGACGCUGAAGUGGCUUUGGUUGUCUUCUCAAGCCGUGGCCGCCUCUAUGAAUAUGCUAACAACAGUGUGAGGUCAACAAUUGAAAGGUACAAGAAAUCAUGCGCAGAUUCUUCAAACCCAGGAUUUGUAACUGAAGCUAACACUCAGUUUUACCAACAAGAAGCCACUAAACUCCGGAGACAAAUCCGAGAAAUUCAGAACCUGAACAGGCAUAUCUUGGGUGAGGCUCUUAACUCCUUGAGCUUUAAGGAACUCAAGAACCUGGAGGGCAGACUGGAGAAAGGGAUCAGCCGAAUCAGAUCCAAAAAGAACGAAAUGUUAUUUGCUGAAAUCGAGCUCAUGCAGAAGAGGGAAAUUCAGCUGCAAAAUGAUAACAUGUACCUGCGAGCAAAGAUAGCUGAAAACGAGAGAGCUGAACAGCAACAACCAAACAUGAUGCAGGGAUCUGUCUAUGAUCAAUCUGUGCCUUCACAGUCGUAUGAUCGAAAUUUCAUCCCUGUAAACCUCCUGGAACCCAAUCACCAAUACUCUCGCGAAGAGCAUACUGCCCUUCAACUUGUUUGAAUGAUGCAGGAAAGCUAUCAUUGUUAUGAGCAAGCCUUUCAAGUUCAACAAAAUUUAGGCCUUCCAGUUCAGUACUAGACUCUUUGAUAGUGUGUUAUUGCGAAAGUAUUCCUCUUGUAUUAUUUUCCAAAAUAAUUGACAAUAUAGUAACUUGGAACUCUUUUUGUUCAAAAUAUUUGAUUAUAUUCCCGGAAGAACUUGUGGGCCAAUUCACGGAAAUACUAGUGUUUACGCU